AUGAGAUUGAUCAAUACCAGCACGUACCAACUCAGGGAGUUUGUCGGCGCCGGGAUCCCGCCUUAUGCCAUACUGUCGCAUACCUGGGAGGAUGACGAGGUUCUCUUCGACGAUCUUCAAGACAUGCACAAGACGCGCAGGAGGAAAGAAAGGGGCUUUAUCAAGGUCGAGCAAUGUUGUGCCCGGGCGCUCGCCGAUGGUUGGGACUGGGUGUGGAUUGACAAUUGCUGCAUCGACAAGAGCAGCAGCGCUGAGCUGUCAGAGGCCAUCAACUCCAUGUAUCAAUGGUACCAGAAUGCCAUGGUCUGCUACGCGUACCUGAGCGAUGUCGACUCAUUGCCAGCCCUCGAGACGUGCCUGGAAUCAAUGGCGAGCGUCCGCGCCGGAAACGCUCGCCCGCCCAAUGCCUUAAACCCGUGUCGCUGGUUCCAUCGAUCCUGGACGCUUCAAGAGCUCAUUGCUCCCCGAUCCGUGUGCUUCUAUGGCGCUCAUUGGUCCUACUUGGCCACUAAAGCUGAGCUAGGUACUCGUCUCGCUCAGGCCACGGGCAUCUACUACGGUGUCCUCACCCACGAACUUCCUGUAAUGGAAGUUUCGGCAUGCGAGAAGAUGCGUUGGGCAGCCGGCAGGCAGGCUACCAGGGCAGAAGAUGUAUCGUACAGUCUGCUCGGCCUCUUCGACAUUAACAUGCCGCUGCUAUAUGGAGAGGGUUCGAAAGCCUUCUAUAGGCUGCAAGAGUAUAUUCUAGCCGGAGGUGAGCAGACCAUUCUGUUCUUCGAUAUUCAACCCUGGAAUCCUGGAAACUCUGCACUGGACGAGGGCAAGUCCAAGAAGCUCGCAGCACAAUCGCCAGAGGAUUUUGCUGCAGUCCCAAUGCGGAUGCAUAUACAACGGGUGCACUGGAGUGAUCCGCGUUACGUCAGGCAUGCUGGAGAGUUUGGUCUACGCAUCCAGCUCCCAUGUCGCAAACUAACAAAACAGGAUAUUGAGGCCCUUUCGCUGCCGUCUAUAAAGGACCAGGAUUGGCAUCUGAUUGCGCUGAGCCUGUUGGAAGUUUCCAACCCUGCCAACCAGAUACCUAUUCUGUACAGUACCAGAAAUAACAAGCGGAUUCGCAGCGAUAGUCCUGCUGCGAGGCGCGUAGGGCUCAUCGCCUCGAUUGGCAGGGACGAAGACCAAUUCUUUCGGCAGCAGGUCAAGCGGUGUUUUGUGUCAUCCAAAUAUGUUCUUGUUUCGAACGAGGACGUGUUCAGCUGGAAAAUAAUACCCCUAGAAAUGGUGCCCUUGCUCAGCAGCCACUCUCGGUUGGCAACGUUUGAGGUAUUCAUCGUCGAGUCGUCUCACUCCAUGUGCGCUCUCGCAUCUAGGAACAACUAUGAGAUCGCCACGUCAGAGAGCUUAGUCAAGACUUCGAUGCUGGACCACCGUGAAAGAUACUGGAUUUUGUCAGGGCCUGACAAGCUUGUUGUAGCAUACUUUAAGCUGGCUAAAAGCUGCACUCAAUUUUUAUACCGUAUCCAAAAAUUCCCCAUCGAUACUAAUGCGCACGAAAUACUCGACAAUUGGAGGUGGCGAUCAGAGCAAGGACUAUUCAAGAACCUCCCGAUGAGCAGCCCCUUCCUCUUAGAGGAGCGUUUCACCAUAGACCAACACUUGGAUGCGGCCUUUCUUGUGUCGAGGAAGCUGGGAACACAGCUGGUGAUCAAGGUCAAUUUCAUGGUCCAGAACACGAGCAAGGCCAGCAUCAAGCAUGCAAGUCACUUGGUGUCUGGGGAUCUUGAUGGAUCUAUCCCUACUUUCUUUGGACUCCCGCCUUGA